AUGAAGUGGCUUCUGUUGGUCCUGGUUUGCCUCCACCUCUCAGAGGGGAUUUUCAGAAUUCCCUUGAAGAAGGGUAAGUCCAUCCGGGACACCAUGAAGGAGAUGGGCAUUCUGGAGGAGUUCCUGAAGACCCACAACUAUGAUCCUGCAAAGAAAUAUCACUUCAGGGAUUUCAGUGUGGCCUUUGAACCCAUGGCUUACAUGGAUUCUUCUUACUAUGGGGAGAUUAGCAUCGGGACUCCACCCCAGAACUUCCUGGUCCUCUUUGACACUGGCUCCUCCAACCUGUGGGUGCCCUCCAUCUACUGCCAGAGCCAGGCCUGCAGUGGCCAUGCCCGAUUCAACCCCAGCCAGUCUUCUACCUACUCCACCAAUGGACAGACCUUCUCCCUGCAGUAUGGCAGUGGUAGCCUCACUGGCUUUUUUGGCUAUGACACCAUGACAGUCCAGGGAAUUCAGGUCCCCAACCAGGAGUUUGGCCUGAGUGAGAAUGAGCCAGGCACCAAUUUCAUCUAUGCUCAGUUUGAUGGCAUCAUGGGCAUGGCUUACCCUGCCCUGGCUGUUGGAGGGGCCACCACAGCCCUCCAGGGCAUGCUGCAACAGAAUGUCCUUACCAACCCCAUCUUCAGCUUCUACCUCAGCAACCAGCAGAGCUCUCAGAGCGGGGGCGAGGUUAUCUUCGGAGGUGUCGACAACAGCCUGUACAGUGGUCAGAUCUACUGGGCACCUGUCACCCAGGAGCUCUACUGGCAGAUUGGCAUCCAGGAGUUCUCCAUUGGAGGUCAAGCUACUGGCUGGUGCUCCCAGGGUUGCCAGGCCAUUGUGGACACCGGCACCUCCCUCCUCACUGUGCCCCAGCAGUACAUGAGUGCUUUCCUUCAGGCAACAGGAGGCCAGCAGGAUCAAUAUGGACAGUACGUGGUAGACUGCAAUAGCAUUCAGAACCUCCCCACCAUCUCCUUCCUCAUCAAUGGAGUGCAGUUCCCUCUGUCACCAUCUGCCUACAUCCUCAAUAAUAAUGGCUACUGCACCGUAGGGAUCGAGCCCACCUACCUGGCCUCCCAGAAUGGCCAGCCCCUCUGGAUCCUUGGAGAUGUCUUCCUCAGGUCAUACUAUUCUGUCUAUGACAUGGGCAACAAUAGGGUGGGCUUUGCUACAGCUGCCUAGACUGACUGGCUGGCUGCCCAAACAUCCUCCUUCCUAGUCCCGAUUCUCACCCUGUAUCUCUUCCCUGGGCUGAGCCCUCCCCUCUACUGC